GUUUCUGUCCCAUUUUCUCCUUCUCCGUCCCCCAUUCCGCCUUCUUGUAAGGGCGACCGUGUCGUUCGCGGAAGAUGCAGCGCAAUGGCGCGGAGGAUCGCCCCCGGAGAUCCUCCUUUGGGUCCGAGAAUUCCGUCGAUGUCGGCAACGGCGACGGCCACGGCGACGGUGACGUGACCCAGGCCAAUGGCCACGACGGUGACGGUCAUUCUACGGGAUCCACCGACACAAGUUCCCCUAUUGACAACAUGCCUGGGGAUGCAUCAACUUCUGGAAAGUCAGAAUCAGACUCUGCCCAUCUUUCAAGAAUUGGGCGGUGGAGACAAAACCACAAACUUGGUCUUCUUACGGCUAAAUUUUUUUUGAUGAAAAAGUUCCUCUGAAAAGAGAAGGUCUCG